AUGGUACGCAAGGUUGCUACUACGUUAACAAUCGCGCUUUGUGCUGCUUCAGCAUCGGCAGCGAAUAUUAACAAGAGGAUUAUUGGCGGAAAAGACGCAGAAUAUGGUGAAUUUCCAUUCAUCGUCAGCAUCCUCAGUAACAGGGAUCAUCCGUUCUGCGGAGGAAGUUUGCUAGAUAGCACUACUGUUCUUACCGCUGCCCAUUGCAUCACCGGAGCAUACUCGGUAAAGGCAGGAACACUGAACAGCUACACGGGCGGAGUGGAUGCAAAGGUUGCAUCUGCCAAGAUUCACCCCGACUACACAGAUGGCGAAUCUCCUUGGCAUGAUAUUGGCAUAUUGAAGUUGUUAGAUCCAAUCGAUCCGAGCGCAAUUAUAAGCUAUGCAAAACUGCCGGUGAACGGCUCAGAUCCCGCCAUCAAUUCCACCGCAACUGCCGCGGGCUGGACAAGGGGUACGCAAACAGCUCCCAAGUACCACCUGGCUGGUAUUGGCGCUGAUCGACUAAGCAAGGUUGUGAUUCCUAUCCGCGCACGCCAGCACUGUUCAAACUUGAACCCGCGUGCGGGUGUAGAUACCAUAGUAUGCGCCGGUGGUGAUGGUAAGAAUGUAUGUAAAGGCGACAGCGGCGGUCCUCUUAUCGACCGAGAAACAGGACAACUCAUCGGCGUUGCGUCAUUUGUUAUCAAGGAUGCAACUGAAAAACACUUCUACUAUUGCAACCUGUCCCCCUCGGUGUAUACCAGAGUCAGCCGUUACAUCACCUUUAUCAACGAAAACCUUGGAGAAUCUGGUUAUACUAUUCCCGAGCCUCUGAGCCCUGAAGCCCAGAGAAUAGCCAAGGCCAAGGAGCAGGUUGAGUUGCAUUGUACCCGUUUCAUGAACGAUGCGGAUGCCUGUAUGGCUGCAGCGCCUCCCUGUAUAGCUGCAGCCGAACCCUACAAGACAACCGACGAGCUCCUUCGAUGCGUUGACAGAAUGCAAGUCUGUGCUAGCCAAGAUGAGCCGGGCAAACUGAACCAAUGCAUAGAGAAUGCAAAGGCGUGUGUUGGAAAAGCGGAGGUGACUUUCUGGGACCUCGACGCGCUUGCUCAGUGCGCCAAGAAAGAUCUAUAA